CCCUGUGCAGCGUUUGCCCUGCAGUCUCCACCCCUCCACAUUCUCCACCCCAGUCUGAAGAAGGGUCUCGACCCGAAACGUCACCCAUCCCUUCUCUCCAGAGAUGCUGCCUGCCCCACCGAGUUACUCCAGCAUUGUGUGUCUGUCUGUAUCUUAUCAAUAGUUGCUGCAGAAUUCACUUAUACAGUGUUUACGGCAACGACUGAAUGUAUAUUUCUCCCUUCCCUUCCCCGGGAUCCCGACCUGAAAUGUCACCUAUCCAUAUUAUAUAGUGUAGUCUGUAGAAGGGUUUCGGCCCGAAACGUUGCCUAUUUCCUUCGCUCCAUAGAUGCAGCUGCACCCGCUGAGUUUCUCCAGCAUUUUUGUCUACCUUCGAUUUUCCAGCAUCUGCAGUUCCUUCUUAAACAUGAUAUAUAGUGUAUUGUCUUCCUGCUGACUGGAUAGCACGCAACGCCAAGCCUCGGUUGACACUUGACAAUACGGUAUCUCCCAUCCAUUCGCGGUUGUGUAAAUGCUUCAGUUUGACGGUCCUGUCCUUUGGCAUGUCUGCAGGUCCAGCAGCUGGGAGAUGGAUAAUCAGGAGGUCCCUGCCUCCAUCCGAUCUCUUCACAUCCACAGACACCCUCAGAACAACCAGAGAUACUUCUGUUAUACCCGCGUUAGUCCAGGUGCCUUUGAUCUUUGUGUUACCAAUAUUGUGGAUGUCUGGAGCACAGCGUUCAGUCAACAAAAGCUGGAGGAACACAAGUCUAUGCAUGGGAUGAAAAAUGCUGAAGAAUACCAUACCAGAACCAAGGAGGCUUUCCACAAGGAUGCGGUCAGCCUCACGGUUCUGGACAACACAAUGAUUCUCAAACUGAGCCAGGACGCGCUGGGCCUGGCCUUUGACCUCUACAAGCUGCCCGUGGCAGAGGCCAAGGUGGAGCUACGGUCCGUGGUGUUUCACCUGGUGGAUCAUGUCCACCAACUGGAGAAGCAGGUGACAGCGAUGGAAGAAGCCGACGCCUCUAGCCCGGGGAAGAGGAUGCCCUUCGCACACAGACUGUUCCAAACAGAACCAAGGCUCCCACUGGAGUGAGCUUCGAAGACAACAACCUUGAUAACAACAGCCAGCAAAAUGAAUUGGAUGAAGUAUGAUGGAAGGAAUGGAAGAUACUGGUUUACACCAAAGAUAGACACAAAAUGCUUGAGUAAUUCAACGGGUCAUAGAGUGAUGCAGAGUGAAAAACAGGCCCUUCGGCCCAACUUGCCCACACCGGCCAACAUGUCCCAUCUACAGUAGUCCCACCGCCUGCAUUUGGCCCAUAUCCCUCUAAAGCUGCCCUAUCCAUGUACCUGUCUAAAUAUUUCUUAAACAUUGUGAUAGUCCCAGCCUCAACUACCUCCUCUGGCAGCUCGUUCCAUACACCCACCACCCUCUGUGUGAAAAAGUUACCCUUCAGGUUCCUAUUAAAUCUUUUCCCCUUCACCUUAAACCAAUAUCCUCUGGUCCUCGAUUCCCCUACUCUGGGCAAGAGACUCUGUGCGUCUCCCCGAUCUAUUCCUCUCAUGAAUUUAUAUACCUCUAUAAGAUCACCUGAUAGAGAUCACCUCUAUAUGAGAUUGAAGAAAGGUCUUGACCAAAAAUAGGUCUUCACCUAUUCCUUUUCUCCAGAGAUGCUGCCUGACCCGCUGAGUUACUCCAGCACUUUGUGUCCAUCUUUCAUGAUGAAAUGUGCUAUAUCGUAACUUAUUUUUUUAAUCCCGAACAUUGAUCAUGAUUUUGCAUCUUUUAACAAUAUUAUUUUAUACGGAAUUUUUAAAUUAAUUUAAAACUAAAAUUAUUGUUUUAACAAAUGUAAGGAUUUUAUAAGGAUUUUUUCAUUAAAUUUAAACUUAAAACAA